GGGGCGGUCCGGUUGGUUUUCGGCCAUCCGCGGCUCGGCGGCGAAGGCGACAUGGAGAGCGGGGCCUACGGCGCGGCCAACGCGGGCGGCUCCUUCGACCUGAGGCGCUUCGUGUCGCAGCCUCAGGUGGUGACGCGCAUCGUGAGCAUGGUUCUGGCCUUGAUCGUGUUCUCCUGCAUCUUCGGUGAGGGCUACAGCAACACUCACGAUUCUCAGCAGUUAUACUGUGUGUUCAACAAGAACGAGGAUGCCUGCCGCUAUGGCAGUGCCAUUGGGGUGCUGGCCUUCCUGGCAUCAGCCUUCUUCCUCGUGGUCGACGCCCUUUUCUCCCAGAUAAGCAAUGCUACUGAUCGCAAGUACCUGGUCAUCGGUGACCUGCUCUUCUCAGCUCUCUGGACUUUCCUGUGGUUCGUUGGUUUCUGCUUCCUAACCAACCAGUGGGCAGCCACCAGUUCUGAAGACGUGCGGGUGCAAGCAGACUCGGCACGGGCAGCCAUCACCUUCAGCUUCUUCUCCAUCUUCUCCUGGGGUGUGCUGGCCUCUCUGGCCUACCAACGCUACAAGGUGGGAGUGGAUGCCUUCAUCCAGAACUAUGUGGACCCUACCCCAGACCCCAACACAGCCUACUCCUCCUACCCCAGUGCCUCCGUGGAAAACUACCAGCAGCCACCCUUCACCCAGAACGUGGAGACCACUGAGGGCUACCAGCCUCCCCCUGUGUACUGAGCAGCCAUGGGGGCCGCCCCCUCCCCUGGACUUUUCUCGAGGUUUGUUGCCGGAACUGCAGUCCCUUGCCGGUUCCAGUUGACAGCCAAAGAGCCCGCGCUUUUCUGUAUUCUAGCUGCAGCCAGAGCACACCUGAAGUGCCUGUGCCCGAAGGGGCGCCACCACCAACCCCCAGGACUGGGGAUGGCGCCCAGGGCCUUGAAUUUGCUUACCCAGUGCCACUGUCAAGCUGUGUGCCCAGCUCUUGUUACUUUUGAUAACCCUGAACCCCAACCUCAGCCAGGAGCAGGUGCCCGCUACAUGCUGUUUUUGGCAUAUGCCAGUUUCCCCUCAGCUGGAAGUCUGAGCUCAGCUUGUGGCCACAGGAGCCCCAACUAUCUUUUUUUUUCCUCCAAAGACAAGGUUGGGGGUCCAUGCAUCGAUCUCCUUGGAGUGCUGGCCCUAGGCUCUCCACUUCCUCACUCAGGUUCACUACCCAGCUUCCUCUCUGCUGUCUUCUGGGGUCACCACUGGGCCAGCUGUCCCUAGGCUGCUUGCCUGACAGCAGUGGAGCAGGCUGGGGACUGGAUAUCACUUCCUUCUUGCUCCCGCCCCUGGCAGGAGGGAGGAGCUUUAUGUAAAUAUCCCCCAGCAGUUAUUAGAUCCUAGGAGGAGGGCAGGAACCCCUGCACUGAAUGUAUUGAGACUUGGUGGGGAUGGCCCUGCCCUCAGGUUCUGUAGACUAGUCCGGAUGUGAAAUAAAUGUUUUUUUCUCAG